AUGGAGAAGUUGCGGAAAAGAUUCAAAGCGGAGAGGCAGAGCAUGGGACCUAUCUUGAUAUGGCCUUUCUAUUAUCAGAUGGAGGAGUUAGAUAGCAAUCCAGCCCCUAUCUUUUCUCGUCCUCUCACACGCCUGCCUCCGAGUAAUCACUAA